AUGAUUACAAAAAAUUUCUCCGGUGCUCUUCAAUUAACUGAUUUAGAUGAUUUUAUUGGUCCAUCACAACAAUGUAUAAUACCUAUGCAAACAAAACUUGCUGAAAGUAAUGAUGAUGGUCUUAUUAAAUUACGUACAAAAAAAUCUAUUAAAGUUGAAGAAGAAUCAGCACCAAAAAUUGCCAAAAUAACAUUGAAUGAUUGUUUAGCAUGUAGUGGUUGUAUAACAUCAGCAGAAAGUAUUUUAAUUGAUCAACAAGAUUAUCGUGAAGCACAACGUAUUAUUAAACUUAAUCAAACAUUCGAUCAAAACGAUCCAAAUAAAAAACUAAUAAUUAUAUCAAUUUCAUCACAAAGUCUUGCAUCACUUGCUGCUAGAUAUAAACUUGAUGGAUUAACAUGUGCACGACGAGUAACAUCAUUUUUGAAAACAAAAUUAAAUAUUGAUUAUGUUUAUGAUAUAGCAUAUGCACGAAAUUUUGCAUUGAUUGAAAUCAAGAAUGAAUUUAUGAAACGAUUUCAAAAUAAUCGUCAAAAUUUACCAUUACUUACUUCGGAAUGUCCAGGUUGGAUUUGUUAUGCUGAAAAAACUCAAGGCGAAUAUAUUAUUCCAUACAUAAGUAAAGUUAAAUCACCACAGCAAAUUCUUGGUUCAUUAGUUAAACAAAAUCAAAAUCUUAAUAUUUAUCAUGUAUCAAUUCAACCAUGUUAUGAUAAAAAACUUGAAGCAUCAAGACAAGAUUUUUAUAAUGAACAACGAGAACAAUAUGAUAUUGAUUGUGUUAUAUCAACAGGUGAAUUUGAAAAAUGGCUUACCGAAGAAGAAUUCGAUGCACAAUCUACAUCGGAACUUGAUUAUGAUAAACCAUAUUCAAUGAAAGAUGAAAAUGAUCAGAUGAUUCUUACACAUCGUGGUAGUGGUUCCGGUGGUUAUCUAGAUUAUGUAUUUCGCUCUGCUGCUAAAGAAUUAUUUAAUAUUGAUAUGAAUGAUACACCAUUAGAAUUUAAAGUGACUAAAAAUCAAGAUUUUCGUGAAACAGUCUUGACAGUUGGUGGAGAAAUUCAACUUCGUUUUGCUUAUGCAUAUGGUUUUCGAAAUAUUCAAAAUAUCGUACAAAAAUUAAAACGAAAAAAAUGUGAAUAUGAUUUUGUCGAAAUUAUGGCAUGUCCAUCAGGGUGUAUUAAUGGUGGUGGACAAAUACGUAGUAGUGAUGUUACUCUUGACGAUGUUCGACAUAUAUACGAAACAUUACCGCAUCUUGAUCAACCAUUAGAUUUACGAAUAGAAGAAGAAAAUUCUAUUCCAUUAUAUACUGAAUAUCGGCCGAUUGAGAAAAAUUCCGCGAAUGCUUUUCAUUUGAAAUGGUAA